AUGCCCCCAGGGCGAUAUAGCAGUUUGAGCCUUCAGGGCAUCGGAGUGAAAAAACUCAAAUUCCAUUCGUAUCCACACCUCGAGUAAUGAAAAACAUCCCGUUACACCAUAGUCGAUUUAUCGACCGGUCGAUAGUUAUUCCCGAUUUUCCGAAAUUUCCAUUUUUCACCAUCAAGAUGACGGAAUUUCUGGAUUUUGACAACGGAUUCUGAUUCAGCAUGCCUGACAUACCCUAGAACCACCUUUCGUAUCUUGCUGUCGUAUUUCGUAUUUUAGCUAUUCGAGAUUUUCCGAAAUUUCCGAAAAAACUCCAAAUUUUCCGGAAUUUUUUUCUGGAAAACUAGAUCGAAAUUCAAAAAUCCGGCUCCACAGCGACAUAGCUAUUAGUCUCAGCUAUCGCUGGAAUUUUUUCGGCUACUGGGACCCUGCCGGAAGUCAGAUCAAACUGUUGGCGCAAAAUUUUCGGGAUUUUUUGCACAAAAUCCGCCCUCAGGGCUCAGACUUCAAAUUUUUCGGGUUUUCGAGAUAAGCCCCGUAAUUAGCACAUCAAACUGCCCUAGAAACAACUUUCACUUCCCAACAUACGACCAUCUUACCCCGCCCGCCUAGCGACAAAGGCAAAAAUUCGAAAUUUUCUGGAUCCGCCCUUCCAGAACUCGGCUGCCAGUGGAGCUAUCGACACGAUUUUGGUACCAAUCGACGCAGAAUCAAAUUUUGGGUAAUAUUCAUGUGCGAAACUCCAACUUUUCCUAAAAUACGACCGUCCAGAUCAAAAUUAAAUUUUUUCAGCGAACUAAAUACGCCCCGAGGGCAAAAGUGUAAAAUUCAAAAUUCGGCUCGGGUCAAUUUUCGACAAAUUCCACAAGCUUCAAUCGUGCCAAAUUUCAGCCAAAUCGCUUUCGAAUUCAGUGAGCACUGGCCAAAUUUCGGCCAAAAUUGGGCGGUUCGGCCGAAAAUUUGCCCUGCGGCCGCUAAAUUUAAAUUUCGUGAAUCGAGACUUGGACCAUCGUGUUCAGCGUGAAAAACCGGUCCAGAAACCACUUUCAUUUCCUAAAAUACGACUCGGCGAGGCCGGAGGCCGAGCCGAGUCGUCUCCAACAGCGGUGGACUUUGUAUUUUUUUGUGCGAGACCGAGCCGAGAGAGGGAAAUUCCUUUGCUUUUACGCAAGUUCGAAUUUCGAGAGAGAGCGGAGAGCGAGAGAGGGAAAUUCCUUUGCUUUUACGCAACUUUGGAUUUCUUUGUGCGAGGCCGAGCCGAGAGAGGGAAAUUCCUUUGCUUUUACGCAAGUUUGAAUUUCGAGAGAGAGCGGAGAGCGAGAGACCGGAAGAGAAGACGGAGAAAUAAAGCGGAAUUCCCCAUUCCAAGGGGGCGGGGUAAAUUAGGGUUGGCUGGGGUGAGUGAUUGCGAUUCGAAAUAUUUGCUCCGGGUCGGAGCGGAGCAUGUCUUUUUCGCGGGCUUGAGUAAGUAGAACGCGCGUUAGCGCGUUUUUCUGGCCGCGCGAAGCGGGGCCAGCGACUCCAGAGGUAGUGCGCGAUCAACAACCUUCAAGAUGGGCAACCUUUGCGCGCACAGCGACGUCAAGGCCCCGCGAAGCGGGGGCUUGUCGAAAGAUACCCUAAAAAACUAAACUGAAAACUAUUCAACGUUGAGAUAUCGGGAAAAAAUUUUUAGUGAAGUUGCUACACAAAAUUCUAAGACUUUUGGCAUCAGCGGAUAGUUGAAAUUUUUCGUUUCCGGCGAGCUGCGCCCUGUUGAAAGUGGGAUUUUUUAAUCGUUUUUUCGCCGUAACUUUUGACAUUUUUCAGGUAGCCCUUAGCUUUUUGGCUAUUGUCAUCAUCGAUUGGGGCCGAAACUUUCGGUUUUUUCGAAAUUUGCAUAUCUAUGCCCUCCGGAUAUCACCCCUAACGGUUGGACUUUUCGGAUUUUUUUGAUUCCAUCGUAUUCUUCACGAAAUUCUAAGACUUCUGAACCCAACUUACAAUUUACAAUUAUCGACCGGUCGAAAGUUAUAAGCGAUUUUCGCGAUUUUUCGGAUUUUUCCAGAUUUCACCAUCAAGAUGACGGAAUUUCUGGAUUUUGACAACGGAUUCUGAUUCAGCAUGCCUGACAUACCCUAGAACCACCUUUCGUAUCUUGCUAUCGUAUUUCGUAUUUUAGCUAUUCGAGAUUUUCCGAAAUUUCCCAAAAAAGUCGAAAUUUUCCGGAAUUUUUUCUGGAAAACUAGAUCGAAAUUCAAAAAUCCGGCUCCACAGCGACAUAGCUAUUAGUCUCAGCUAUCGCUGGAAUUUUUUCGGCUACUGGGACCCUGCCGGAAGUCAGAUCAAACUGUUGGCGCAAAAUUUUCGGGAUUUUUUGCACAAAAUCCGCCCUCAGGGCUCAGACUUCAAAUUUUUCGGAUUUUCGAGAUAAGCCCCGUAAUCGCCACGUCAAACUGCCCUAGAAACAACUUUCACUUCCCAACAUACGACCAUCUUACCCCGCCCGCCUAGCGACAAAGGCAAAAAUUCGAAAUUUUCUGGAUCCGCCCUUCCAGAACUCGGCUGCCAGUGGAGCUAUCGACACGAUCUUGGUACCAAUCGACGCAGAAUCAAAUUUUGGGUAAUAUUCAUGUGCGAAACUCCAACUUUUCCUAAAAUACGACCGUCCAGACCAAAAUUAAAUUUUUUCAGCGAACUAAAUACGCCCCGAGGGCAAAAGUGUAAAAUUCAAAAUUCGGCUCGGGUCAAUUUUCGACAAAUUCCACAAGCUUCAAUCGUGCCAAAUUUCAGCCCAAUCGCUUUCGAAUUCAGUGAGCACUGGCCAAAUUUCGGCCAAAAGUGCGAAUUCCUUACAUAAGCGAAAAAUUAUCGCGAGCUGGCGAGGCCGAAGGCCGAGCCAGCUCGCUUGCUGCUCCGGGAGGCUCCAGCCGAAGGCUGGAGCCGACCGGAGCCCUACUCACACAGCGAAACAGACAAUUUUUAUAAAAAUUUAUUGCGAGCUGGCGAGGCCGAAGGCCGAGCCAGCUCGCUUGCUGCUCCGGGAGGCUCCAGCCGAAGGCUGGAGCCGACCGGAGCCCUACUCACACAGCGAAACAGACAAUUUUUAUAAAAAUUUAUUGCGAGCUGGCGAGGCCGAAGGCCGAGCCAGCUCGCUUGCUGCUCCGGGAGGCUCCAGCCGAAGGCUGGAGCCGACCGGAGCCCUACUCACACAGCGAAACAGACAAUUUUUAUAAAAAUUUAUUGCGAGCUGGCGAGGCCGAAGGCCGAGCCAGCUCGCUUGCUGCUCCGGGAGGCUCCAGCCGAAGGCUGGAGCCGACCGGAGCCCUACUCACACAGCGAAACAGACAAUUUUUAUAAAAAUUUAUUGCGAGCUGGCGAGGCCGAAGGCCGAGCCAGCUCGCUUGCUGCUCCGGGAGGCUCCAGCCGAAGGCUGGAGCCGACCGGAGCCCUACUCACACAGCGAAACAGACAAUUUUUAUAAAAAUUUAUUGCGAGCUGGCGAGGCCGAAGGCCGAGCCAGCUCGCUUGCUGCUCCGGGAGGCUCCAGCCGAAGGCUGGAGCCGACCGGAGCCCUACUCACACAGCGAAACAGACAAUUUUUAUAAAAAUUUAUUGCGAGCUGGCGAGGCCGAAGGCCGAGCCAGCUCGCUUGCUGCUCCGGGAGGCUCCAGCCGAAGGCUGGAGCCGACCGGAGCCCUACUCACACAGCGAAACAGACAAUUUUUAUAAAAAUUUAUUGCGAGCUGGCGAGGCCGAAGGCCGAGCCAGCUCGCUUGCUGCUCCGGGAGGCUCCAGCCGAAGGCUGGAGCCGACCGGAGCCCUACUUGCAUCAGCAAAGUUCAAAAUUUCACUCAAUCGCCAAGUGUAAUAUAAUUUUUAUUUAUCGACCGGUCGAAAGUUAGGAAAUUUUUUUUCCAUUUUCGCUAAAUUUUUGAUUUCGUCCUAUUCUGCGUCAAAUUCUAAGCCUUCUGAACCCUAUUGACAAUUAUUGACCGGUCGAAAGUUAUUCGCAGUUUUAGUCAAGUAUAAUAUAAAUUUGUUUCGGCUGUAACUUCGGUCAAAUCGCAUAUAAAUGGAUCGGCAUGGUCUCUAAAAAUCAGAAAUGUAAUCUACUACAAUAUUUUCUAUUUGAUUCCUGCAUUUUCUUUCAUUUAAAACAUUUUUUUUCUCAAAUUUUCGCAAUUUUCGAGGUCAAGUACAAUAUAAAUUUUUUUUUUUGGUAUAACUCGCUUCCAGUUGCACAUAAAAUUUUGAUUUUUUUUUUUAAAUAUCAUAAAUCAAUCAUAUUUUGAUAAGCUCAUCAUUCCCCGCUGUUUUGAAAGUAUUUUAUCAAAAUUUAUUUGCAGUUCCUCGGGCGCAGCCUGCACCCCAAACCGCUUUGUUUCCCCAAAAAAGGGAGUCUAUUUUUCCGCAUUUUUCCGCAUGAGCUUUGUAAUUUUGCAUAAUUUCUUUCGUGCUUUUUCGUGUUAUAUAAUUUUUUACAUUUUUAAUUAUGUUCUUUCCAGGUUUCAUCAAGACCGAGCUCCAUCAAGACAGGAUUUAGGUAUGUUUUUUUUUUCUUUUCUUUUGUUGAUCGUGAAGGGGGGGGGCAGAAAGGAUGGAAACGGGCGUAAAAUGGUUGGGAAAAGCUUGGCAAAGCUUUGGCCGAGGUGUAUUAAAAGUUUUGUCGACGUUUUGUCGAACUUUUUGCCCAGUUUUCACCUUAUUUUAGGCGGCAAAAGGGUUUACCCAAGAGCCGCCUAAAAUAAGGUGAAAACUGGGCAAAAAGUUCGACGAAACGUCGACAAAACUUUUACUACACCUCGGCCAAAGCUUUGCCAAGCUUUUCCCAAACAUUUGACACCCAGUUUCUUCUUUUCUAUCAGAAAAGUUACUUAUUUUUGGGGUUUUUUUCAAGUUUUACCUAUUUUUGGGAAUUUUUUAUAUUUUUCGGUGCUCAAGGGGAAGGAAUGGGAAGAAAGUAGGUAUGAAAUGUUUGAUAAAAGCUUGGCAAAGGUUUGGCGGACCUUUGGCUCCUCUUUUCGCCCAGCUUUCACCUUAUUUUAGGCGGCUCUUGGGUAAACCCUUUUGCCGGCUAAAAUAAGGUCGAAACUGGGCAAAAAGUGGAGGCCAAACGUCCGCCAAGCCUUUGUCAAGCUUUUAUCAAAGAUUUCACACCUACUUUCUUCCCCUUGAACACCGAAAAAUUUAAAAAAUUCUCAAAAAUAGGUAAAACUUCAAAAAAUCCCAAAAAUAAGUAACUUUUCUGAGAGAAAAGAAGAAAGUGGGUGUCAAAUGUUUGGGAAAAGCUUGGCAAAGCUUUGGCCGAGGUGUAGUAAAAGUUUUGUCGACGUUUCGUCGAACUUUUUGCCCAGUUUUCACCUUAUUUUAGGCGGCUCUUGGGUAAACCCUUUUGCCGCCUAAAAUAAGGUGAAAACUGGGCAAAAAGUUCGACAAAACGUCGACAAAACUUUUAAUACACCUCGGCCAAAGCUUUGCCAAGCUUUUCCCAACCAUUUUACCCCCGUUUUCUUCUUUUCUUUCAGAAAACGGACUUAUUUUUGAAUUUUUUUAAUUAUUUUUAUUUUUUUACAGAGCCGCUUUUGAAUCUCGAUAAAACUGAUCAAAGUCAAAUGAAUGUGAGUUUUUGAUUUCUUUGAAAGUUUUACAGGGAGGGGAGGGGGGUGAGUUCGACGCUCAGAUUUUGAUGAAAUUUGGCACAUAUAAUAAUUCGGAGACUUUUUUUAAACAGAUUAACCAAAAUCCUACCUCGCGCUUUGCAGAAGCAACCGAGAUUUUCGAAAAGCAAGCGAAAACUUUACAACAUUGCUAAAAUUUUCGACAAUUGAUACUUCCUUUAUGAGUCACGUUUGUUCAAAGAAAAUGUGAGCGUCGUACUUGGGGUAAUCUGACUCUGUUUAGUUUCAACACGUAAAGAUCAUGAAACAAGUCGUGGUCCACACGGUUGGAGGCCACUCUAGCGGUGGCCGAGGAAAGCGUGGGGGUUGGCACAAUAGAAGAGGGACGUUUAGAUCAAGACAGUAAGUUGUUUUUUUAUAGAUCGGACAUUCGUUAUAGACAGCUUUUUGUUGUCAGCAGAUUCAUUUUCAAUUAAUAGUAAUUUUGUUUCAGGUGGCGUGAUGGAUCGAGAUCUUCCGUCCCUGCCAUCUCCGGCGCCAUUACCGAUGUCGUUCCCAUCCCGAUCUCCCCUCCCAACGAGGUGAACCAGUAAGUUUUGCAAUGCUUUUUCAGUUGUUUCAUGACCUUUCGUUGUGUUAUUGUUUUGUUCUUCUUCAGAGUCGAGAACGAGAAAAUCAACUCUGAUUUCACGGCACAAGAUGUGGAUCAAAGCGAAUGUCAGACCCCGCCUCAUAUUGCGGAUGAGCCGGAUAUUGCCUUCGUUGAGGCGGAUGUUGUCUUGGGUGACCCGAAAAUCAAUGGGCCGGUUGUUGCUGAAGAAGACACGGUUAUGAGUCACGAGCCACCCCUCAACGCCCUUGAGCUUUCCAAAAAGCGGGACCAAGAGAAUGCCGAUGCCGCAAUCAGAGCAAAAAUUAGAAGACUUGAGCGUCAACUCCAAAAAUCCCAUGAGAACCAGGAGAACCUCCGCCAGCAGCUCCAAGAAGAGCAAGAACGCCGCGAACGCAGAGACCAACGGAAGGCGGAGAAGAGAAGGCUUCGAGAACUUCAGUUGGAGCAACUCAAUGAACCCAAGAAGAAGAAUGUCGUCACUCUUAGAGAAGAGAUCAAAAAAAAAAUGCCACAAAGGAAAGUUGACUAA